AUGUUUUUUUGGCCGGUGGAUUGGCCGUCCCGGGUGCGGAAGGAGCCAUAUGUGCGGGCUGUCUCUUAUAACAAGGACGAAAGUGACGGUGGUAUUGUCCCCUGGGUAAGCUCGCACCGGUGCUGUAGGCGUGUCGAUGACAGAAGUUCGUUUGGAUGUCUGAUCAUUCCUUGA